AUGACCAUUGAGAGCUUCUCCAUUGAGUACGAUGCUAACAACAAAGACAAUGUGUUCUCAAAAGGAGACACCAUCUCGGGGAGGGUGGUCCUGGAACUGUCCAAAGAGACCAAACUAAACCGUCUCAUCGUAAAGGCCAAGGGGAAAGCGACUGUAAGGUGGACUGAACAUUAUGGACCUAGAUUACACAUAACAUACACUGCGAAAGAAAAGUACUUCUCCAUUGAAAAACAUCUUCUGAUUGAUUCAACACACGAUUCUAAAGUGACACCUGUUGGGAGACAUGUCUUCCCUUUUACUUUUGAAAUACCUAAUGUGGAGUUACCAUCGUCUUUCAAGGGUAAACAUGGCAAAAUCUGUUACCGCCUGGAGGCGAGAGCGAGCAGAUCCAUGAGGCUGGAUCGCAAAGCUAAAGAAGAAUUUUUUAUUCUUUUCAAUGAAGACCUGUCCACCCUUGACUUAAUGAAACCUCAAUACAUCUGCAGUGAGAAGAAGUUUCUCUCCUCUGGAAAUAUAACUUUGAACAUGCACACUAAACAGAUGGGGUAUCUGCAAGGAGACAAAAUUGAAGUGCGAGCUGAAAUAAUCAACAAUUCAAACAAAACCAUCACACCCAAGUACUACCUGUAUGAGAAGCAAAGUUUCUACACAAGAUUAAAGAGGAAGGUCUACACUAAAGACAUUAUACAGGAGAAAGGACAGCCAAUAGGGCCCAGGACACAGCUGAAUGACACCAAAGUCCUGGACAUCCCAGACCUGCUUCCUCCAACUCUCCUCAGCUGCCCUAUACUCAAACUGGAGUACAGACUCAAGCUCUACAGCUUCAGUCCAGGACAACUUCAGAACAAAAUGAGCAUCAAAACCCUCACAGUUGAAUAUGACCCCUCAAAGGAGAGGAGAGGGUUUUCCAGAGGAGAGACUCUCACAGGAAGAGUGAUUCUGGAGUUGGCUAAAGACACUAAAAUAGAGUGUUUUUCAGUCACAGCCAAAGGGAAGGCAUCUGUGUUUUGGACUGAAAGUUACAUCUAUUCUGUCGUCUCAUACAAAGCCAAGCAACAUUUUUUUUCUAAAACCAAAAUUCUUCUGGAGCGAUCAAGACCUGGGGUAAAGGUUCUUUCUGCAGGGCGGCAUGUUUUCCCCUUUGCUUUUGAGCUCCCUGACAUUGACUUGCCAAAAGACUGGGUGGGUCGCCAUGGACACAUCAGUUAUUCAUUGGAAGCCAGAGUGAGCCGAUCCAUGAGGCUGGACAGCAAAGAAAGAACAAGCUUCACAGUGGCGUCUAAUAGCAACUAUUCCAACCUUGAUAUAAUGAAACCUCAACAAAGGCAAGAUGAGAGGAAAGGAAUGUUUUCAUCUGGGAAAAUGGCAUUAGAUGUUACUACUAAAAAGACGGGUUAUCUGCCAGGUGAAGGCCUAGAAAUCACAACUCAAAUAACCAACAACUCAAAAGACACAAAAGCGACUCCAAAAUAUGUGUUCUACGAGAAGCAGUCUUUCAUUUGCAAAAAAAAGAGGAAAGUUCACACUAAACACAUUGUUGAGGAGAAGGGCGACCCUGUGCAGGCUGGACAACAAGUGACCCAAACUAAAGUACUACAAAUACCAAAGAUACUUGACUCAACUGUCCUCAACUGCAACAUCGUCAAGCAAGAGUACAGGCUGGAAGUUUACCUUGAUGGGCCGCUGUAUUCCCCAAAGGCCAAGUUGCCAGUCAUUGUGUUGUGAGAGUUUGGGAGACAAAGAGAAG